AUGGUUGACGAUAAAAAGGCAGGAGCUCCCAAGAAGGGAGCCAAGAAAGUCAUCAAGAGCGGCAAGAAGAGGAAGAAGGCCAGGAAGGAGAACUACUCCAUCUACAUCUAUAAGGUGAUGAAGCAGGUCCACCCGGACACCGGCAUCUCCUCCCGUGCCAUGAGCAUCAUGAACUCGUUUGUCAACGACAUCUUCGAGCACAUCGCCGGCGAAGCCUCCCGCCUGGCCCGCUACAACAAGCGGCAGACCAUCAGCUCCCGGGAGAUCCAGACCGCCGUGCGCCUGCUGCUGCCCGGGGAACUGGCCAAGCACGCCGUGUCGGAGGGCACCAAGGUGAUGACCAAGUACACCAGCUCCAAGUAG